AUGAAUACUUGCUGUUCUAAUCCAGAAGAUUCUUAUAAGUACAAUUACCAAAAACACGAACCAUCAGGAUUUUGUAUUUUUAUUACAGGUGUGGUUGAUAAAAAAAUCAAACCAAUUGUUUUUUCGAAAACAGAAGAAGAUGAAGAUAUAGCAAAAAUAUUCGUAGAAAAACUAACAGAAGCAACAAGAGGUAUUUAUAAUGAUUUUUAUCGCAGUCCAAAACCUCUUAUACUAUCCAAAGACGAACAAAAAUCAUUUGACAAAGCGGAAUUUUGUCAUAUUUGUAACAAAGAAUUAUUGGAAGACAAAGUUAGAGAUCAUUGUCAUUUUACAGGUCAGUACCUAGGUGCUGCUCAUAACAGUUGUAAUCUUAAUUGCAGGAAACCUUUAGUUCUUCCAGUUAUAUUUCAUAAUCUUCAAGGUUAUGAUGCUCAUUUGUUUAUAAAACAACUUGCAAGUUUACCAGGAGAUUUAAAUUGUAUUCCUUCAACAGAGGAAAAAUACAUAUCCUUUUCUAAAAAGAUUAAAGUUGAUGAGUACAGGUCUAAAAAAACCGGUCAAAUGAUGACUUUAUAUUUUGAAAUUCGUUUUAUAGAUUCAUUUAAGUUUCUUCAAACAUCACUUGCUAAUCUUGUUUCAAAUUUACAACCGGAUGAUUUCCAUGAUACAAAACGAGAAUUUAAGAAAAAUGUAGAUCUUCUUACUCGGAAGGGAGUUUAUCCUUAUGAUUAUGUUUCAUCGCUUGAAAAACUGUCCGAAACACAAUUACCUCCAAAAGAAGAAUUUUAUUUGAAACUAAAUGAGGAAGACAUAACCGAAGAUGAUUACCAACACGCAAUAAACGUGUGGAAUACUUUUAAAUGUAAAUCAUUAAGAGAUUAUCACGAUCUUUACCUAAAGUCUGAUGUCCUACUUUUGUCAGAUGUAUUUGAAAACUUUAGAAAAACUUGUCUAAAACAUUACAAGUUAGAUCCAGCACAUUAUUACACAUCUCCAGGUUUAGCUUGGGAUGCUUGUCUCAAAGAAACAGGGCAGGAAUUACAGUUACUACAUGAUUAUGGUAUGUUAAUGAUGAUUGAAAAAGGUAUUCGUGGUGGAAUAACACAUAUAUGGAAAAGAUAUGCAGAAGCGAAUAACAAAUACAUGAAAACUUAUAAUCCUGAUGAGGAGACCUCCUUUAUUCAAUAUCUAGAUGCGAAUAAUCUUUAUGGUUGGGCAAUGUCUCAAAAUCUUCCAACACAUGGAUUUAAAUGGAUGAGAAACCUAACAAAAGAGUCACUAAUGGAAAUUUUAGAAAAAACAAAUCAUAGUAUGUCAAAUCGUGGAAGAAAAGGAUAUAUAUUUGAAGUCGAUUUGGAAUAUCCUUCAAAACUAUGGGAAACACAUAAUGACUAUCCUCUAGCACCUAAGAAGAUGAUUGUUAAUGGUGUUGAAAAACUAAUUUGUCAUUUUAAACCAAGAAAAAACUAUGUUGUUCAUUAUCGAAAUCUUAGACAAUAUCUGGAAAUGGGAAUGAGAAUAACUGCGGUUCAUAGAGGAAUAUCUUUUUACCAAAGACCUUGGAUGGAACCAUAUAUACGAAAGAACACAGAACUUCGAAAAACAGCAGUUAAUAGUUUUGAGAAAGACUUUUUCAAACUUAUGAAUAAUUCAGUGUUCGGAAAAACAAUAGAAAAUAUACGAAAAAGACAAAAUAUAGAACUCGUUGAUAAUCGUAAGAAAGCUGCUAAACUAACAAGUCGUCCAAACUUUGAAAGGGCUACGAUAUUUGAUAAAAAUCUUAUAGCUGUUCAUAUGAAAAAAACAGAAGUUUAUUUUGACAAACCAGUAUAUGUUGGUCAAGCAAUUCUUGAUUUAUCAAAAACAUUAAUGUUUGAUUUUCAUUAUAAUUACAUCAGAAAGAAAUACAAAAAUAAAGCUGAGUUAUUGUUUACUGAUACUGAUAGCCUUAUGUACCAUAUUUACACAGAUGAUUUUUAUAAGGAUAUAUCUCGUGAUAUAAAAAAAAAGUUUGACACUUCUGAUUAUCCUCCCAAUCAUGAAUCUGGGAUAUUGACAGGAGUUAACAAAAAAGUAAUUGGGAUGUUUAAAGAUGAAGUAGCAGGAAAACAAAUAACUUGUUUUGUUGGAUUACGACCAAAACUUUACAGUUUUAGAAUAGAAGAGGAUAAAGAGGUAAGAAAGUGUAAAGGAAUUAAGAAAAAUGUUGUGAAAAAGAAAUUAGAUUUUGAUGACUAUGUUCAAUGUUUAUUUUCGGGUAAAAAAGAAAUGAGAAAAAUGAAUAUAAUAAGAAGUGAAAAUCAUGAUAUAUAUUCAAAAGAAGUUAACAAAGUAGCUCUAAGUAAGGAAGAUGAUAAACGUGAGGUUCUUUUGGGUAAGGUAAAAACAAAAGCUUUAAGAUAA